ACAAAAAAGAGCAGACGACAUUUUCUGUCAGAGGAGCGAACGCAAUCUCAUUUCGCUGAAAUUUGCUCAAUAUUUUGGAAUCUGUUUGCCCCACAGAAUUUUAUGAGAUCAUGGCUGACGACGAGGAACUUCUAGACGACUGGUUUAUAACAUCUUUGAAGUCCUAUCGUCAUCUUCAUAUGUUUGAUUUGCCAAAACCAACUUGUGUAAUUGAGUGGAUUGACAACAAUUGCAUUUGUGUUGCUGGAUGUGAACCCAAUGCCAAUAAUGAGAUUCUAGAGCUGAGCAUCCCCGCUAAGCUGAUGCAACAGGAAGGAACGACUGCGGCUGGGCUGACUAAAGACAGAGACUUCAAGAUGAAGAGUGGUGGGUUCAGUGGUCAACCUGUCCACUGUAUGAAAUACCUGCAAGGUUCCUCAAGAAGACUGGUUGUUACUGGUAGUCACCUGAGCACUGAUCUCGAUGUAUGGCAACUUGGAACAGAGACCACUGAUGUUGUGAAGAAACUUUCAUCCUUGCCGGGGUCAGGGGUGGAAAGGUCAGGGGUAAAGGUCAUAGAUCAAAGGCCGGGUUGUCAAGGUCAGGUCGCUUUCGGCUCCACCUUGUCCGACGUGCAGAUUGUGGAUGUGGAAACAAGUAAAGUCGUCAGGACAAAACUUGGAAGUGCAUCUUACAAUGUUGAAAUUCAGUUCUUGGAUGAUGAUAACUUAGUGAUGUGCAAUACUACAAGUGGACACAUAAAUACUCAUGACCUGAGAGCAACUUCCAGCCAAUCAGAAACUCCCAGCCAAUAUGCAAAUGAGACAGCUUCCUCUAAAAUAAGAGGCAAUAUUGACCAGUCAAGUGAAGGCUUAGACACUCUGUCACCUGAAAGGACGAAUGAGAAUGUUUCUAACAAAGAAGAGAUAUCGUGGACCUUUGACCUCAGCUGUUCAUCAGAUAUCCCAAAUGAGGGCGAUACUAAGAAGCGUAAAAUGGAUUUCACUACGGCAACCAUUGCUCGGCUUUCCACAAACAAUGAAGUCAUUGUAAAUGACUUGAGAAAUCUCGCAAAACCUCUUCAUACUGUGAGAUUAGAUGAUAGCAAGAAACGGCAUCCAUCGACAGAAUCUUUGGCUGUAAAGUGGAGCCCAACCACCAAACACAUGAUCUCUGUGUCAGGACUGGAUGAAUGUGUAGACAUCUAUGACAUCACAUCAUGGCAACAAUCUUCAACUUCUCCACCAAUCAGUAAGCCCAUAUUCAGGCAUGAGGGUCACAUGUUUGCAGAGUCAGCCAAUCAGCAGACAAGGAUACUAUGUCAUACUUGGCAUCCAUGGAAACCACAGGUGAUGAUGUCAUCAGGUAAUGAUGGUUCUCUACAUGCUUGGGAUUGGUCGACAGUUUCAUAAAAAUGGUGUUAGCAAUGGGAGACUUUCUGGGACGAUAGAGGGCAGCAGACUUACCGGGUAAAUCCAUUGUUCUCAAAAUUAUGCG